GAAAGAGUAGACAGAGCACAUUUGUUGAUAUUCAUUGACUUUGCUGUGCGUGUCUUUUUUUGUCCUCUGGAUUAUCGCUGCCCAGCAACACAGCCACCUGACAACUCUGAAUGUCGUAAUUAAGGUGAAUCAAUGAGCCAGCAAUGGAGACCAAAAGAUACCAAAGUUUCUUUGAUGGAAGCGAUACAGAGAACAGAUGGUCUCAGGUCCCCAGCAACAUGGAAUACUGCUGCAGCACAGAGGAUUCAAGUCUGACUAGCAGUGAUAUCCUGAUGGACAUAGUCAAUGUCAGCUGCCCUGCUGGAAGCCCGGCCACCGACUGCAAAGACAACAAUACAAAGAAGCAGGAGCAGCCAAUGCUUCGGCUCAGCCAGAACCAGCCAUUUGUUCUCCCACACUUCAACAACUCUCUCCACGGUCAUAAGCAGGAAAUGGACUCCAAGGAGCUUUCCAAGACUGUGGCUGAGUCCAUGGGUCUGUAUAUGAAUGCUGCCAGGGAGGCAGACUUUGCCUUUAGCCAGCAUGGGGGCAGUACCAGCCCUGGCAAGAUGUAUCCAGCGUGUGGACGGCCCCUAGAGGAGACCCAGGGUGGCUCCACAAAGAGCCCCAAGUUAAAGCCAUUUGGUUUCCAGCAGUCCAGCGCCACUCCCAGAGAAUGCACCACUGGGACUCCAGUUAGCUCAGCGUCUAUGCUGGCCUCAUCUCUGUCCUGCAGCCCCCAGACCUCCAGCUCUAUCUCCAGCCCUGGGGGCAGCAACAAUAUGGUGUCGUCAACCACCAGUCCUCCUACGUGCUUUGGACCAGUGUGCUCAUCCGUCAGUAGUCCUGUCAGCCAGACGUCUUGUGCUGCAACUCUGGCCAACAUCAAGCGCAGGAAUUCAGCCACAUGUAGCCCUGUAGAGUCCACCACAGUGGGCUCACCACCACUCACCAGCCCACUCAAUGUCAUGAGGUCUCCCAUGUCCAGCCCCCAGAGUAUGAGUAGUGUGAGAUCGCCUCCGUCCUGCAGCACUACGUGUAACAUUAGGUCAUCUGUCUCGAGCCCCACAGGUGGCAGCUGCACCAGCACUGCCAACAACUGCAACACAGUAAGGCCCUCCAUCUCCAGCCCGGCCACAGGGAGCACUAUGGCUGUCAGCAGCCCACAGAAUCCGUCCUCUGCUGGGUUUCCAGUGUCUAGUCCUGCCGGUGGACUGGGUUUGGUGCAGAAUGACACCAACAGCCCAGAAGCAACAGGUCUGACCAGAGACACAGACUUUAAGAACUUUGAGUUCCCUAAAGUAGAGAUGGUAGACGGGGAAGUGUUCAACGUCGGCUUAGACCAGAUGGGCAUGGUUAAGUACAUUAAGAACGAGCCUGGAACUGACUUCAGGAGCAUGUGUUUAGGUAGCUCCAAAUGUAGUGUGAGUAGCACACCCUUUAUCACACAGAUUAAGAAUGAGCCAAACAAAAAUGAGGGAUGUAUGAAUCAACAGCCCUAUGGUGAGCAGUCACCGUCUCUUGGUCUCUUCCCUGCAUCUGAGACCACCUAUUUGUCCCUGAGGAAUAACAUUGAUGAAUACAGUCUUUCUGGUAUCUUAGGACCCCCUGUCUCCUCUAUGAAUGGGAACUAUGAGCCCGAUGUGUUCUCCAACAAUGUCCUGUCUAAAGGGGUUAAGCAGGAGACCACUGAUGGCAGCUAUUACCAAGAGAAUAACAGCAUGCCCACAUCGGCCAUUGUUGGAGUUAAUUCUGGUGGACACUCAUUCCAUUACCAGAUUGGAGCCCAAGGAACAAUGUCUUUCACGCGGCAUGAUGUGAGGGACCAGUCCAACCCUUUGUUGAAUCUAAUUUCGCCCGUAACGGCGUUAAUGGAGUCGUGGAAAUCUCGGCCAGGCAUGUCGGCCAGAGGUGAAGGAUACCCGGGUCAAAACUGCAUCGCGGACAGCAUGUCAAGCUCGCCACUGAGACAACCGUCCUCGACAGUCAAAGUGUGCCUAGUAUGUGGAGACGAGGCAUCAGGAUGCCACUACGGUGUCGUGACAUGUGGAAGCUGCAAAGUCUUCUUCAAAAGAGCUGUGGAAGGUCAGCACAACUACCUGUGUGCCGGGAGAAAUGACUGUAUCAUUGACAAGAUCCGAAGGAAAAACUGUCCGGCAUGUCGCGUACGGAAGUGUCUCCAGGCCGGGAUGAACCUCGGAGCACGAAAGUCCAAAAAGUUAGGAAAGCUGAAGGGAGUCAGCGAGGACCUGCAGGGCUCUAAGGACGGCCAAACUGCCACAGGUGGCGUUGGAGGUGGUUACCUGUCCUCAGAGAAGGAGCUGAAUGCCAGCGCUGCCAGUGCCCUGGUGCCCCACGGGCCUGGGGUGGUCACACCUUUUCUGCCGCCCUCCAUCUGCAGCGUGUUGGAGCUGAUUGAGCCUGAAGAGGUGUACUCUGGCUAUGACAACACGCAGCCUGACACCACUGACCACCUGCUGUCCAGUCUCAACCGCCUGGCCGGAAAGCAGAUGGUACGCAUGGUGAAGUGGGCCAAAGUACUUCCAGGUUUCCGGGGCCUGCCCAUUGAGGACCAAAUCACCCUGAUCCAGUACUCAUGGAUGUGUCUGUCCUCCUUUUGCCUCAGCUGGCGUUCCUACAAACACACCAAUGGACAGAUGCUCUACUUUGCCCCUGACCUCAUCUUUAACGAGGACCGCAUGCAGCAGUCAGCCAUGUAUGACCUGUGUGUGGGCAUGAGGCAGGUGAGCCAGGAGUUUGUACGUUUGCAGCUAACCUACGACGAGUUCCUCUCCAUGAAGGUCCUUCUGCUUCUCAGCACAGUUCCAAAAGAGGGUCUGAAGAACCAGGCAGCAUUCGAGGAGAUGAGGGUUAAUUACAUUAAGGAGCUCCGGCGAUCAGUGGGAAAAGCAACCAACAACUCUGGCCAAACCUGGCAGCGCUUCUUCCAGCUCACCAAGCUACUGGAUGCCAUGCAUGAUCUGGUUGGGAACUUGUUGGACUUCUGUUUCUACACCUUUCGUGAGUCCCAGGCCCUGAAGGUGGAGUUCCCCGAAAUGUUGGUGGAAAUCAUCAGUGACCAGAUACCAAAGGUGGAGUCAGGCCUCACUCACACAAUCUACUUCCACAAGAAGUGACUCACUAAACAGAUGGGACAGAAGCAGCAUUAAGAACUGGAAGAGGAGGAAGGAAAAGGUUCAAGGAAGAGAAAGUGUGCAAGGAAGGCCUGAGCAGUUGGCCUGCACCCUGUCGCCCAGUAUGCCAGCAUCCUCGCCUUGGAAAGUUAAGUGACGUGGUGGCAGAAGUAAAAAGGGGAGAAGGAUUUGACCCUGCUGUCACCAUGAGCAGGUCAGAGCUGUGAAUAGUCGUGGAGCCAGCGUGACGCGCUGAGAAGCACUUGUGACAAAUGUGACAAUGCAUCCCGAAGCACCCCCCCUGUGCCCCCCCUGCCCCAAAGA